AUGGCAAUUCAAGGAGUCCUUCAUCGGUUACGAUUUCUUCUUCAAGAGGAGGACCAUCACUUUGGGGUAUGGGAAGGGGACGUCUUGAGAUCUCUGAUCUGGUUUGUCGAGACAGAGGGCGAAAACGCGCGCGUCCUGCUUUCCGAACCAUUUGUGAAGGUUCCGUCAUGGUUGUGGGCGUCAGUGGACGCUCCGGUCCAGUACGGACUGUGGCACCCCUUUUGGCGGUAUCGAGAUCGCGAUAUCGAGGUCGUGGCACCACCGCACACGGUCGUCAAGAAUGUUUCGGUCAAGGCAUCUUCACCAAGGCAAUUGUCAGGCUGCUCUGGUGAGGUUAUUCUUAGGGGUCCUUUGGCCACAUUGGAAACGACAAAAGUCGGGAGGUUACCUGGGUGUAAGCUCGUGUUUGACCCCAGGCCCGAGGCUUGGUAUUCAAAUCAGGUCUCGCCUGACUUCAUUCGAGAUACCAGCAGGUUGACAAGGUACUAUGAGGUCGACUGUUUGCAGGAUCUGGUCAUUAUGAAGAUCCUGGAGGGCGGCUACUCGGAGGAUCAAAUGGCACAGUACUGCCUCAUUCUACAGCCAUGUCUUCCUCCGAAGCCCCUUUCCCGACAAAACGGCGUCAAGCCCCACCUUGGAUCGCUUCCCUCGUCACCCAGCUAUCAUCGAAGACUUGGACUCUUGGUGGUGGACAAAACACUGGACAACUUUUGUGCCGACGAUCCUGAUAUCUGCAAAGACGAUGGAUGUUUGUUAGAGAAGAAGCAAAAGAGAGAUGGCCGGCUCGUCUCUCGGAGAUGUUUGGGACGGAUAACAACCAUCGCUAUUGUGUAG